GAUACAUUAGAGGGUUUCACAUUGAUUCGUCGUUAUCCAAAAGGGAUUUCGUUUCUGCUUUGCACUUUUAAGACACUCUUCUACUCUGUUGCCCCUUACAUGUAUGGCCUUAUGAUGAUGGCGCAGACCAUCAGUGUGUUCAUGACUGUGGGAGUGUCGGUGCAUCGCUACAUCGGCGUGUGUCAUCCGUACAAGUCAGUCGAGUGGCUUCCGAAGAAGCGUGUCACCACAUUCAUCAUCAGCCUCGUCGUAUUCAGUAUUCUAUUCAAUACUACACGCUUUUUUGAGGUCCAAGUGGCGAAUGUGUGCUGGCGUCUCAACAUCAAUUACUACAUGCCUUCUUUACAACCAACUGCACUGCGACUUUCAGACUUGUACAGGAAUAUCUUCUUCGGAUGGGCGUACACAAUAGUGAUGUAUGUGGUGCCGUUCAGCCUGCUUAUUGUCCUGAAUUCGCUGGUCCUUUCAGCGGUAAGACGCAGUCGUCGAAUGCAUAUGGUCAGUCAGGUGAGGCCGAUA